CAAAACCCUCGGGAACGAAUUUGCAGACGACGAUGGCUACGGCGAAAUGGUGGCGUGGGAUGAGAACGGCGGCGAAAUUCCCUCCGCCGUCGGUUCAGUCGCUCUACUCUCCGUCUUCUCCUUACCACACGAUCCAAGCCAUACCUCGGGAAGCCACCGGAAGCCGAGACAGGACUCAGGGGAGGAUCCCGGCGGUGGUUUGUUUUUCCGCAGAACCUCCUCUCGAGAAGAAUCCUGAUGCUCGCUCCUCCUCGGCCUCCAGGAAGCGGCUGUUGACCACCGAGAAGAAGCAAAUUCUAUCCAUUCUGAAUUGAAGGUUGCUUUCAGAGGAGAAGAGAAUUGCCCUGGUCUUCAGAAAGUACCUUUAGUCAGUGUAUGUAGAAAUGGAGCGAGGUUGCGCAGUCUGCUGGUUCGUUACGUUCAUAAGGCGGUUUAAGCGAAAGUUGGUUGGAUAAGUGGGAAUGUGAUUGAUGCAGUAAAGUUCUAUCCAUGGGACACAUGGUUCUUGUUGCUGUAUCCUGCUGUGUAUGUGUUCACCCUGGAAGUUACUCUUGAAAUUCUAAUUUCUACCCCAAAAUCUGUCGCAGAUGCUCUUAUCUUUUAAUUGCUGCAGU